AUGGGUAACCAGGUGGUGAUCGCGAAGGCGGCGGCGGGCGUGGCGUCGGACUACUGGGUACACGACCUGCCGCGCGGCGUGGUGCUCAAGGACGUGUUGGCGCCGGGCCGCUUCCUCAAGACGCUCGACUGCUUCCACCAUGAGGGCCGCGUCAUCGUCAAAGUCUUCCUCAAACGCGCCGACCUCAACCUCCCGCUGCAGGCCAGUCGUCCCCGCGCCUUCCUGCUGCCACUUCCGCAGUGCCUUCCCCACCUCACAAGAAGCGACAUCGCCGCUGGGCAGGCACCCCGUGCGCUCGCCACGGCUGUUGACAGCGGCAACUGCAUGGCCUCCUUAUCCCCAUCCCAUCCCAUGCUGCGCCCUCCCAUGCGCUCUCCCCUGCGCCCUUAUCUGCGCCGUCCCCUGCGACCUUAUCUGCGCCCUUACAUGCGCCCUUGCACUCUUACCUGUGCCCUCCCCUGCGCCCGCCCGUCUUUCCCCCUCUACCAGGCGUACGAGCAGCAGUUGAAGGUCAUUCGCCAUCGCCUCUCAGGCAUCGACAAGUCGCACGUCUGGCCCUUCCAGUUCUCUGGUCCUCUCUCUCACCCCUCCCCCUGGUCUGUCUGCUCCGCCGCCCCCUGCCUCGGGCAGAAGUGGUACGAGACGGAGAGAGCAGCGUAUGUGCUGAGGCAGUACUUCUUCAGCACGCUGCACGACCGCCUCGGCACGCGCCCCUUCCUCGGCCUCACCUUCAAGAAGUGGAUCGCCUUCCAGAUCCUCAAGGCGUUGGACCAGGCGCACUCACGAGGGGUCUGCCAUGGCGAUCUGAAGGCGGACAACGUGUGUGUGACGGCGUGGAACUGGGUGCACGUGGUGGACUGGGCGCCCUUCAAGCCCGUCCUCAUCCCCUCCGACAACCCCGCCAUCUUCUCCUUCUUCUUUGAUACCGCCCCCUCCGGCCGCCGCCGCUGCUGCAUCGCCCCUGAGCGGUUUGUGUCGGCGAGUGAGUGGAGGCAGAGGCAAAGCGAAGGGGAGGGCGGAGUGGGGGGGGCACAGCUGCAGCCUGCCAUGGACAUUUUCUCCGCAGGGUGUGUGAUAGCGGAGAUGUUUCUGGACGGCGAUGUGCUCUUCGACCUCUCCUCGCUGCUCGCCUAUCGACCACGUAUUCCCCAGCGGCUAUUCACCACGCAUACAGGUUGGGGGUGA